AGCGCCGGCUGCAGCAGUAGUGAAGCGCCAUGCCGGUCAGUUUACGACGCACAACGGACUUAACUGGUCGCUCUUGCCAAUUGUCGGCAAGUUAACCGUGCGAAUCGCCUGCUAGUUGCUCGACGCGUCCUUUAUCUAGUGAUUCUUUGGAUUUGCUUGCGGAGAGCCAACGAUAAGCCGACCUGUUAUUCUUCCCACACAUGCUCCUGGAUGAUGCCUCAAGGAUGCUGAAGUGGGUGCACCAUCCACCCUCGCUGCCCAAAAACCAUACGACACCUGUUUCGUCGGUGAGCAGCAAUGACAGUACUAGUAGUAACAAUAAUAUAAAUAACAAUAGUAGUAGAUUUGCUACAUAUGUGAAUGAUACCGAGAGUGACAAAAUUCAAGAAAAUGCACUCAUCACCAAUGAAAGAAUUUGUUACGAUGGCACUGUACACCCUAGAAGGCGGAUUGGGGGCUCGGACCCACGAGUAGCUACAUGUAGAGGAAAAUUACAAAAUAAACGUAGUAAACUUAAUCAAGAAAUUAAUAAGGAGUUACGAUUACGAGCUGGUGCCGAAAAUUUAUUCAAGGCAACAACUAAUCGUAAGCUCAAAGAAACUGUUGCUUUGGAACUUAGUUUUGUAAAUUCAAAUUUACAGCUUUUAAAGGAACAACUUGCAGAACUUAAUAGUUCUGUUGAACUUUAUCAAAAUGAAAGUGAGGAUGCCUUCAUGCCUCUAAUUCCUCUGGGAUUGAAAGAAACGAAAGACAUUGAUUUCAGAGAUCCUUUCAAAGAUUUUAUUCUGGAACAUUACAGUGAAGAUGGGGAAAAUUAUGAAGAGGCAAUCGCAGAACUCAUGGAAACGAGACAGGCGACCCGUACACCGACACGCGAUACUGCAGGUAUUGGACUAUUGUUGCGUUACUACAACCAGUUAUACUUCAUCGAAAGACGCUUCUUCCCGCCGGAACGUAGCCUUGGGAUUUACUUCGAGUGGUACGAUUCGCUAACAGGAGUUCCGAGUUGUCAACGUACUGUCGCCUUUGAGAAGGCCUCGGUACUUUUCAACGCAGGUGCCCUCUACACUCAACUCGCCGCCAAACAGGACAGAAGGACAGCCCGAGGCCUCGAUCAAGCCAUCGAUGCAUUCCUUAGAUCUGCUGGCACCUUCCGCUACAUCCAUGAAAACUUCACCAACGCACCAAGCAUGGAUUUGGGGCCUGACAUGCUCGACAUGCUUGUGCAGCUUAUGCUGGCACAAGCAAGGGAGUGUCUAUUUGAAAAACUUGAACUCCAAUCUAGAGAAUCGAGGGAUAUUGACGUAUCGCUGGAUAUUGCACAAGAAGCCGUGCAGGUAUCAGCAGUUUAUGGAGAUGCACAUACUUUGAUAUCCCGCGAACCAGUACGUGACUAUGUACCAGAAUCCUGGAUAUCUCUCAUAUCUGUUAAACGUGAACAUUAUCUCGCUCUCUCGCACAGAUACUGUGCAGCUGGCCUUCUCAACCAUCUAAUAGGCGAUUUUCGUCCAGAGACGCGAAUUACUCUUGAAAGAAUCCAGGAAAGUGAUUCAAAAACACAGAUGGACUGCACCGUACCCAAAGCUGAUAACGAGCGUCAACUCCUAGGUCAAGCACACAUCAGAGAGGCUUUAGUUCUUCAUGAAGAAAGUCAAAGGUUACAAAGAAUGUGUAGAGAAUUAAAGAGCAAACAGUCAUUGGCAAAAGUUUUAAAAAACGCACAAGAUUUUACAAUGGAAAUUUAUGGUAAAUCCGGUGACGAAGAUGAUCUUAGAGAACUUCUCGAUGCGCCAAAUAUAAUUGCAGCGACUAAAUUCCAAUUGAGCCUCACGCAUCCAGACUUUGGCCAGCACGGUGUAGAUGAUUUGUUUCGCUCCCUGGGACCAGUGGCGAUAUUUUCAGCGAAACGUCACUGGACAGCACCGAGACUCAUUCAAUUGCAGCGAGGACCAGGGGGUGAAGGUUUCGGAUUUAGUGUUCGAGGUGACGCGCCUGUAAUAAUCGCUGCAAUUGACCAUAACUCUUUAGCUGAUCUUGGUGGAAUGAAAGAAGGUGACUUUAUUGUUACGAUCGGUGACAAAGACGUCAAAUGGGCUUCGCACGAACAAGUUGUUCGACUCAUCAAGCAAUCUGGUGACUCAAUAAGCCUGAAACUUGUCACACCAAUGGACAGAAAUUAUUUAAAAAAGCCAAUAAAAGACAGUAGUCGUGACAAAGGAAGUGUAUCAGCGAGCAGCUCAUCCGGCAUCUCAUCUGGACAACCAAGUCCAGCAGGAUCUGUAACAACAGCUCACGUGACUAGGAGACUACCCUGGAAUCCCUUUAAAAAAUCCAAUGGGCAAAGGGAUAGCAGAGACUUGACUUUUGAUAACGUUAUUUUAAGAUGAUUGCAAUGUUCAUGCUUUGCGUUUACUGUAAAUUGAUUUUACAGCUUUUUGAUUAAUUGAAAAUUUUGAUAUAAAAAUAAA